UGUCUCUCUUUUACCUAUCGGCCGCUUCCUGCCAAGUCUUGAGUUCUUCUAUUUUCUCUUAUUUUCUUGCUUCGUUCCUGUACAAUUUCACACCUAUUCAAGCAAUUUAUUUAGAGGAAUCAAAUCCAACAGGAAGCAAGAAUGGCUCUGAAAAUGAAUCGGGCGACCUUCGCUCCUCCCUGCAAGCUCCCUCCGCGUCUCCAGACCCUCAGAUCUUCCAAGUUUUCCAUGGCCUCAACUCUCCACCCUACCACAAAUUGCAGAGAAGUCAGCAGUCUGAAGAAGUCUUAUGGCCCUCCACGAGAGGUACAUGUUCAAGUGACACAUUCCAUGCCACCAGAAAAGAUGGAGAUUUUCAAAUCCUUGAAUAAUUGGGCUGAAGAGAACAUUUUGGUGCUCCUAAAGCCUGUUGAGAAUUGUUGGCAACCAACUGAUUUUCUGCCAUUGCCUGAAUCAGAAGGAUUCUAUGAGCAAGUCAAGGAACUGAGGGAAAGAUGCCAAGAGCUCCCUGAUGAUUAUUUUGUUGUAUUAGUUGGAGAUAUGAUCACAGAAGAAGCUCUUCCGACUUACCAAACAAUGUUGAACACGUUAGAUGGGGUCAGAGAUGAAACGGGUGCAAGCCUUACUCCUUGGGCAAUUUGGACCAGGGCCUGGACUGCUGAAGAGAACAGGCAUGGUGACCUUCUCAAUCGGUAUCUCUACCUCUCUGGACGAGUAGACAUGAAGCAAAUUGAGAAGACAAUUCAGUAUCUAAUAGGGUCAGGAAUGGAUCCUAAAACAGAAAACAACCCAUACCUUGGUUUCAUCUACACUUCAUUCCAAGAGAGAGCAACAUUCAUCUCCCAUGGGAACACAGCAAGGCUAGCUAAGGAACAUGGGGACUUGAAAUUGGCUCAGAUAUGUGGUAUCAUUGCAUCAGAUGAGAAACGCCAUGAAACUGCUUAUACCAAGAUUGUUGAAAAGCUCUUUGAGAUUGAUCCGGAUGGCACAGUGUUGGCUUUAGCUGACAUGAUGAAGAAAAAAAUCUCAAUGCCAGCCCACUUAAUGUUUGAUGGCCAGGAUGAUAACCUUUUUGAGCACUACUCAUCUGUUGCCCAACGUAUUGGUGUGUACACUGCCAAAGACUAUGCCGAUAUAUUAGAAUUUCUUGUGGGCAGAUGGAAGGUAGAAAAGCUAACAGGUCUUUCCGGUGAGGGCCGUAAAGCUCAGGACUUUGUGUGUGGAUUACCCCCGAGGAUUAGAAGGUUAGAGGAAAGAGCUCAAGCAAGGGCGAAGCAUUCCAAUGUUCCUUUCAGCUGGAUUUUUGGGAAAGAAUUGAUUGUUUAAUUAUGUCCCAUCACCUAAGUUAUGGUCUUGGUCAAUUGCGUCUGAUGAAGUACUACAAUAUGGUACUAUCCAGUCUCCUAUAUCCAAUCUUGAUUUUGAAUCUUCGAUGUACCUCUGCAUGAGAAGAUGCAUGGUCUCUGGAUUUGGCUAUGUUUUAAGAUCUUUUCUUUAUGUACCUCGUCUUGUGAACAGAAUUUUGUGCUUUAAUAAUUUUAUAGGGUAUUUAUGGAAGGAGACAACUCUAUAUUUGUAUCUUUUUUUUUUUUUAAUAUAUAUAUAUUUAUUCA